CUUUUUUAUUUUCAGAAUCAUCGAACAGUACUAAGAUUUUUAUGCUAUCCUCACAUCUCAUCAACGCGCCGAAGCCGAAGCCGCCGCCACCAAUAAAAAUACAAAGCCUAGCAAUGGAUAAUGUAAUUGCAGUUGAAGUAAUUAAGUAUGCAGAGUCAGUCUACGACAGGAACAGUAACAAAUGCACAGAAUAAAAAAAACUGACAGAAUAUUUCAAACGAGUACCGCAUAGAUAAUUCGAGCAGAAAAACCAGAGAACACUUAGUUGGAAAGAUAUAUUGUUUAAAACAAAAAAAAAAACAAAAAAGAAACUGCAUAAAAAAUAUAUGCACGCAUAUCCAAUAAAAUACCGCAAACUACAACGAUUUAAUAUCGAAUAUACAUAAAUAUAUGCAUAAAAAUCAUACGAAAAGUAGCAACAUAACAGUUACAAAUUCAUUGUACUCAGAAUGGACUCACGCAUCGGCCUGGAUUAUAUUGUCGAAAAUCGUGAAUAUAUUUCAAAAUUAGGCGCUGCCUUAGAUACAAAUAAUGCAGUCGUAAAGAAGCAAGUUUUCGAACUGCUAUCAGCUUUAUGCGCUUAUAAUGCAGAUGGAUAUGCACGCGCAAUCGAAACACUUGAAUUUUAUAAGAAUCUCAAAAAUGAACGAUAUCGUUUCAAAAUUGUCAUUAACGAGUUAGAAAAAGCCACAAAUGUUGAGUAUCAAGCCGCGCUAUUGGCUUUCAUCAAUUGUGUUAUUAUUUCAGUAACAAGUCUACAAGACCGCAUUAGAAUACGGAACGAAUUCAUAGGUCUUAAAGUUUUGCCAUUAUUGAAUAAUUUAAGAAAAGUCGCUCAAAGUGUGGGGGAUAUUAUUGUGCAAUUGGACGUAUUUGACGAACAAAGAGAAUGCGACGAGGCACAAAGCCUACAGGGCCCAAAUGGCAUCAACCUAAGCUCGCAUCUUGAUGUUUUCUACGCCAUUCUGCGACAGGUGGCCGACACACCACAGGAAGUGCCGUUCUUAAGUAUUUUACAGCAUCUGCUGCGCAUUGAUCCCAAGGAGCCGGUCAGUGAUGUUAUUUGGGACACUGCAGAGAAAUUGGUUCAUCGUGCUACUUUACUUGAAAACCAUGAAGACUCAGUACGUUUACUACGUACACCCAGUGUACAGAAAUUUACAUGUCCGCACUGCCGCAACGAUGCAACAAGUCCAAGUCGCAAGGCAUCAACAUUACCGAACUCACCUAACAGCGUUUUGACAACAUCGACAUGUUCAUCACAACAUCUAAGCAGUCCACAAAUGAAUAUACCCGUUCCGCCACCACAACCCUUAACCAACAACACUAUAGUGCCACCACCACCACCACUACCAUUGGCACCAUCCGCGACUUCUGCACAAUUAACUGCCGGUGUACCACCACCUCCCCCACCACCGUUAUUAAACGGUAAUGCACCACCGGCACCACCCCCUCCAACAUCAAAUUCGCUAUUCAACACAACUUUACAAGCAGUACGACCAACAACACCCGAACCCGGCUAUAUUGAUCAGACAACAGUUUUGCUACCGCAACAAGAUACUCCUGCACCCAAAGCUAAAAUGAAAACUAUUAAUUGGGGUAAAAUUCCGCCUAGUAAAGUUAUUGGAAAAGAAAAUAUUUGGACAAUAGUUGCUACUAAUCAUCAAGAUAGACCUAUGACCGAUAUUGAUUGGAACGAAAUGGAAGGUCUCUUCUGCUUGCAAUCAACAAGUGCACAAGGUUCACCUAAGUUGGGUCGUGAUGGUAACGGUUGUGAUACGCUGGAUCGAAAAUCGAAAAAAGAAAACACAGAAAUAACAUUGCUCGACGGAAAGAGAAGCCUUAAUGUAAACAUCUUUUUGAAACAGUUUAGAACUUCCAAUGAAGAUAUUAUACAACUAAUACGUGAUGGAGAACACGAUGAUAUUGGUGCUGAAAAAUUGCGCGGCUUAUUAAAAAUUUUACCAGAAGUUGACGAACUCGAUAUGUUGAAGUCUUUUAAUGGAGAUAAAAACCGACUGGGUAAUGCUGAGAAAUUUUUAUUACAAUUAGUGGAAGUACCAAAUUACAAAUUACGCAUAGAAAGUAUGUUGCUUAAAGAAGAAUUUGCUGCCAACGUCAGUUAUUUGGAUCCAUGUAUUAAUGCUAUGAUCUACGCUGGUGAUGAUCUUAUUAACAACAAAAUGCUACAGGAUCUGCUUUAUAUGGUUGUUGUAGCUGGAAAUUUUCUCAACUCAGGUGGUUACGCUGGCAACGCUGUUGGUGUUAAACUUGCUUCAUUGCAAAAAUUGACUGAUAUAAGAGCUAACAAGCCUGGAAUGAAUCUCAUACAUUUUGUAGCCUUACAAGCUGAAAAGCGAAAUCCAGAACUGUUAAAGUUUACAACACAACUGAAUACAUUAGAAAAUGCCACCAAAACCACAUCGGAGCAAAUUAAUAAUGAAAUCAAUGCUUUAGACACGCGCAUACGUAAAAUCAAAAAACAAAUUGAACAAACCGCAACUGAUGAAGACAUAAAGGCACAGAUGCACGAGUUUCUACAGGGUGCUGAACGAGAAGUCGAAGUACUACAAAAUGGUAUGAAGGAAGUGGAACGAAUGCGUAUUAAACUAGCCAAUUUUUUCUGUGAAGAUCCUUCCACAUUCAGACUUGAGGAAUGUUUCAGAAUAUUCCAGUCAUUCUGUGAAAAAUUCAAACAAGCAGUAAAGGAUAACGAAAGGCGACAACAAUUGGAAGAGCAAGCAAUAUUAAGGAGAAAACAACGAGAAGAACAGCUCGCUAGAAGAAAUAGACAAUUCAACCAGUGUGGUACCCCCGUUUCUGAUUCAGAGAAUCAAUUAUUUUUAGAUCCAGCAUUUGAUCCAAGAGCUAGUCCAGCACUAUCACGACGUCGUAUGGGCUCUUUUAAUAGUGGAGCAGAUAAUAGUUUCUUACGUAAUGAAACAAAUGAAGGUAUGUCUCCAGACAUAACGCCUAACGGCAGUUUGCGCAGACGUCGCAGUCGUGUUUUAGCUGAAGAAGAUGACCUAAUGGAAUUCUUAAGAUCAUCGUCUGGUCAUGAACAUAGUAGUAGAGAACGUAAAGCUUAUGGUAGCUUAGAUCGCUCUUGGGCUCGGCGAGCACGUUCCGGCAGUUCCAGUCGUAAACGCCCUGAAUUAUUAAAUAUUGAUUUCGGAGCAGACAGAGAACGUGCUAACUCACCGGCACCAAAUUUGAUGCAAGAUAAACCAUCCCCUUCAACGAAUUCAGCGGGUGGCUUAACACCGACAUCUGGUAAUCAAAGUAACAAUGAGGAUGCUAAACCAAGGAUAUCGCGGGAAUGGCGACAAAAAAUAGAGACGUGGUUACAAUCUAACGAAAACGAUGAAAAACAAAACGAGGAAUAUAAACGCAAAAGACGUUUGGUUAACAGUAAUCGCCGCUCGCUUGAAAACGAUACAGAAAGCGAACGAAAACUGGAUACACUACCAGAAGAGAAAAUUGUGUCGACCUCUAAUGCUAACAAUACUAAUCACAACAACAAUAAUAACACAGUAGAUAAUUAUAAGCGCGUAUAUCCCGACUGGAAGCCAUCGAAGGCUCUAGAACACACUGAUGUUGUUGGCACAAUAGAAGCUAUAGCUGAAGCGAAUAUUGCACGAGAAAAACCGCAUACGAAUUUGCAACGGCAACAUGGAAAUCAAGCAAACUCAAACAAAAUAGCAGAUAACAAUAAGACUCAUAUAAAUAGCAACCAUCAAACAACUGCGGAAGAAUUGCGUCAGUAUCGAAGACAACGUUCUUCGGAAAGCACUGACAAAACAACAACACAAUUGCAUUCGAUUGCCGAGGAAGAUCGCCGUAGAUCUUAUAUUCAAAAACUAGGUGAAGAAAAAAUAGAUGAUCAUUUACACAUUUACAUACGUAGAUCAUCAAUUAAAGAAGAUUUGUUACCAACAAAAGAUGUACUUAAGUCUCCGACUUCAACAAUUGCUUCAACAUUACUUACCAAAACAGCUAGUAAUACCAAAGUCAACAAUGAUAACUUAAAAUCUCCAAAUUGUAUAGCACCCAAUAGUAACUCCAAUCGUGAAAAGGCAACACCAAAAACUGAUGACACAUUUACUAAUUUACUGAGCCAUCAUAACAGUCACAAUGAGCAAUACAGUCGCAAAGAAAUUGACGCCGAUAACAUUGAAACUCCUCCAGUUACUAGGCGUGUAAUAACUACUCCAAACUCUACAAUAGUUAUGAUCAAUCAAAAUAAUACACGAACAGACAAACUGGAAGAAAAAUCAGAGCAAGACUUACCUGGUCAUUUUGAUCGCUACUCACUUGCAAGACGUACAAGACGUUAUAAAAGGCCAACAGAUUAUAGCAGUGGAAAUGAGGAGCUAAAGGAAAUAUCUACAGAAAGAAAUAACAAUAGUAUAAGACAGUCAGUAAGUGCUACCGAAAUCAAAAAUUUGCAUAACAAAACUGAGGAGAACAUAACAAACACUUCAAAAAGAAAGAGUUUGGAAAAGGAUAACAUAACACGAAGUGCACUUCCUGAAAAAACUAUACACAAACUAGAAAAAGUUGGACGCCAUAUAAGUUCAAUAAAUCAAGAAGAUGUACAGGAAGCAAUACGAAAUCUUAAAUCACCGACUGGCACACCUGAACGGAUUUGGAGUCCACCUCGUGAUAUACUCAGCCAUCAGCAUACAAUACCAGUUAUCAAUACAACACCAGCAACUACUAUCAUUAAAGUGACAAAUUCAGAAUUGCUUAAUGAUGAAGGUUUCGAGGAAACACAAAGUCUAGUCUCUGAUACGCCAUCACAUGGCAAGGAAAGCACAAAUUCAUCAUGUAACGAGGGAAACGAUACAUUACCACAACAAACAAGCAAAUCUAUCACCUCGUUAAAACCAUCCAUCACAAAAUCCUCUAGUAGUCGCUUAGCCGAUCGAUUACAAAUUACGAAAAUUCGUUCGCCUUCACAUCAAAAGUCACAAAGUACAACAAAACGUAUGCCAACUAUAACACCACUAGAACGCAUACGUCCAGGAGGCAACUCUACAACAGCUGCGCAUAUAAGCAACUAUACAAAUAAUGCAAUAAGACGUGCAAAUCCUCGUAAAACUGAUUCGCUUUCCAUACAAAGUGCACAUGCGUCUCCAAGUCAUGGAAGUGCGGCAGUCAAACGCGAUGUGGAACGAAGUAGUUCACGCAAUAGUUUACGUUCUUCACGAUCUUCCAUUAAUAGUAGUGCAUCCACUAAUACUGUACGUCGUAUGCCAAUAGUUGUAAAUAAAUCACCACUGCAUACAGUUUCAGUGGACUCAUCACCAAGCAAACGUCCGCUAACUACUCCCAACACUGCAUAUACUCGCACAAACAAUAUGACAUAUCGUACGACAACAGGUGUGCCUGCAAGUCGUAGCAGUUCCAGUGGUUCAAGUAUCGGUCAAAAUAUAAUUGUUGUCCGUAAGCCUGUGAACAGUAGUCGCAGCAAUGGUGUUGGUACUUUAGGUAGCACAAGCUUUAAAGAGAAUCAAAUUAAUGUAAGCUCCUCGCGGGCUAAUGCUGCACGCAGUGCAAUGUUAGUAAAAGCGGCUAUGCCAAAUACGGCUGUAACAGGUGCUACAGUACAACGAAGCACGUCAAGAAGUAAUUCAAGUACCCGUGGAGUUAGUGGUUUUAUGCGUCCAACGGCUUCGAGUGCAACAAAACGUAAUAAAUAAGUUGACUAUUGCACACCAGAAAAUGUUGUUCUCUUAGUAGUAUAUAUCAUUUUAUUAGUAAUGUUAUCCAUAACGUAUAAAGUCUUCGCGUUUUCACGUUUUCUGGACAUAAAAUAUAUAUUAACGAAAGCAAAAAUAUAAGUGCGUCCCUUGAAUGUUACAAAAUUACUAUUGUUAAUAAAAUCAAAUGUUAAAUCAAAAUACCCAAAACCGUCCAUGAUACAUUAAAUUUUUGGCACUUGUUAAAAUUAUAUGCAAAUCGAAAAAGAUUGAAUGAAUGAUUUCAAUGGUAUUGUUUACUAAUUAAAUUCAACUAAUAAAAGUCCCUUUCAAAUUGUGAUAAUAUCGUCAGAAAAGUUGCUAUAGAACUUUGAC